AGAAGAACAGUUUCGUUUACUACUUCAACAAGAAAUACAACGUUCCUGUAGUAGAUAACGUAGCAUUUUAAUAAUUUUUACUAUACAACAUACUACAUUUUCAUUUUUAUCUUUGUUGACCGUCAAUUCGUUUCUUCAUAGUGUUAAAUUACAGGUCUGAUUCUUACAAGAAGAACGACGUCCUCUACAACGUAGUUAGAGACUGUGUCCAAAAUGACGUCGUCUUCAGCAGGAGAAUUGCUCAUCAAAAUGAGCACGGCCGUCCUUAUUUGUGGCGUAGUGUUGUCCAGCGUUACCUUUUCGGGUCUAGUGACGGGAGCUCAGGCCAUGAAAAGCUCUUUCGAGCAGCCUGGUGAAGAUGCGGUUGUUGUCGGCAAUCUUUCGUCUCACUUUUCCAAGGUGCUGGCCAUUUCUCGGUGUCCUCGCGGCUGUCGGCGGCGCGCAGCGAUCGAAGAGACCCACGAGAGCGGUAAAAAUUUGAACCUUCUCGGCAGAAGUUCUGGCUCGGCUUCGGAGCUUGUAGUUGACACAUCAUCGUCAUCCUCUUUGCAGUUGGGCGAAGAUGAUGUCGAUCUGAUUGGUGAGAAAGAGAACAAAGAAGUUGCUUCACCAGCAGUACUACAUGAUGAAAAGGAAUUCAAAGAAGACGUCGAAGAGAAAGGUGGUAAAAACUACGCUCAACUAGGAGGCACGACCGAAGAUCAAGGCCAUGAAGGAGAUGAAGCCAACCCCAACGCAGGCGCCAGACGAGAUAAAAAAGGACAAGAAGAUCAUGUGCUCCUUGGGCGAGCCGAGACAUUCUACCGGGAAUGGAAAGCGGGUGCUGAGAAGUUUCGACGCUCCUUGAAUGAUAUCGGCUUUUUCGAUGAGCUAGGCUCGUCCAACAAGAACACCUUCUACGACAAGAUGUCCUCGUGGGAGGAGCGGCUCCGCGGUCUCCUGGAUAGAAGUUCUCCACUUGGCGAAUGCUUUCUAGUAUCGAAGAAUAGAAGGCUUCGUGCAUCUAAAGACGACUACUACUUCGAACAAGCUCAGAGAGAUUUCCAAGCGAGCAUCGCCGCAACGAAAAAGGUCGUCGAAGAAGUCUUCGAGAAGUACUACUCGAUUGAUAACGAUGAAGAUCGUCCUGCUCCUGCGGAGCACCAGCAAGAGGGUUCGUUGUUCGGAGUUGGGCAGCUUGCGCGGUUGCAGGGUCUGGCGAGUCGACCAGAGCUGAAUGGAAAGCGAGUCCGGAUUAAGCAGGUACUCGCGAACGGCGAGAAGUUUGGUGUCGAGGUUCUUGGUGUGGCGGCUCUUGGAGGUGGGGAUCAACAAGUACAAGUACAAGAAGAAACGCGGGGGCUAAAAACGCAAAGUGGUGUACUACGUGUAGUACACUCCUCUGAACAAACUACUCCUGGUGUAGUUGGUGUACGCUCCUCCUCUUUUAAAAAAGAAAUGCCGAUGAAAGGUUUUCUUCUUCGCGGGGAGCAGAGCAGCAAGAACAUCAUCACGGAAUCUGUUGUAGUGAAGCGGGAAAAACUGCAGACUAUCGAACGUAGCGCCUUGCAAGAAGAAGCGAAUGCGAGGAAGAAAAAGAAGCUCUUGCUAGAAAUGUGGCAAAAAUCGAUCCCAAGUGCGUUUUCGGUGUACGUUCCAGAAACAGUGUUUCGCGAGAUUUUUUUCCAGAGCAUGCGUACUCUCUUUAUGGAGACCGAGCCUGGAAAUUCGGUGGACGGCUGUGUACUACAAAAAUUCCGGCGGGCACAACGCAUAUCAGAUCUUCUAUUGAAAAGCCAUGAUGAAGUAGAACAAAAAGAUCAAGAAGAAGAUGAUGAACAUACUUCCGAUCCCACAAUCAUGAUGUUGAGCGGAGGAGAAGGAGCUGGUGUGCGUUUGCUACACGACGAUGUUACACUCCAGACUCACGAAGAAUUUGCUGUGCUGGUUUCGGCGUUUAUUCUCAAGUCGCUUGCGCUCUUGGGACAGCAAAAGGUGGCACCUGAGUUUCUGUUGGAUAGGUUCUUACCGAGAACAGAAACGGUGACUCGGUGUAACGAAUUCGAAGACAAGUUAAGACUCAAAAGCACCUGGGCCCACAACUUUUUGAAUCCCGUUAGAGUACUCCUCUGGUUGUAGAGACUGGCAGAGUCUCGGGUUGAUAUAGUACUACUGUGUCCCGUACUUCUUGUUGAUCCAGUAAUAUUUUAAUGACGAGAGCGAGACUGUUUUACGGGUGGGGGGGAGGUUGAGGGUAGCUCAUCUAAACACGAGCCCUAGUCCCGUUGUUGACCGUUUUAUGUGGCGAAGCGUGUGGCUGAGGGAAGCAAACGCGGCAAAGGAAGAAAAGUUUGCCGGAAAUGAAACUGUUCCAACUGCCGGAUUCAACCUUACAGCCGAUACGACAGGAGCAGCCGAUACGACAGGAGAUGACGGCCAAUUUGAGGAGAAUUCGGCUCUUCUCGAUGUCGCUAUGGAGACGUCCUUGAAGUACACGCGGAAUUUCCAGAGUUUUUCGCUACAUCCCGCAGGAGCGCAGUACGUAGCCAAUCACUUUCUGAGGAACCAGGCGGGUCAGAGCCACUUUCCACCUCCACGAGUCAAGGUAAUCCUCGUUGCACCGGGACCGAAAAAUGCGCCCAAGAAAUCAUCAUCCAGUACUUCUAUGGUGGUUGAGCGAGCACAGGAGGAUUCGGAUUUCCGCAGUAGCAAAGUCGCGAAACACUUUUUUCCCAUAAGCAUGUUCUCAGACCCGCAGAACAUGCACGCAAACUGGAUGCUGACCGAACGCGAGGUGAUAUCCAAAGCGCCCUUCGUUUAUGACAACUAGAUUUACCAUGAAAAUUCUGCACUGAUUUGAAUUUCAUCCCUAUUCAUCUGGUGAUAUAUAAGUAAUAGUAAUACUAAUAAUUGUAAUUGUUGCUUGAGGUGUAUAUUUCUAGAUCGCGUCGUCCUCGUCCACCCUCCACGACCGGUCGCCCUCUUCAUAUCUGCGAGUACAGCUUGGCGCGCGACAGCGUCCUCCGGUUCUCCAUGAGAAAAUUGUAUGCCACUUUCCGGAAGGACCCUUCUAUGGCUGAGCGUGACCGGGAGGAGAAAAGGCAGGAAAGUGUUGAAAGACACGAUGAUGAUGAUGAUGAUGAUGAUGUAAACGGACCACUCGGGUGGGGCGGGAUGGUUGAAAGACACGGUAGGGAGUUCGGUAGCCUAUCAGACAUCAUGGAAACCUUAGACAGUAUACGGACUUACUCGGAGUGCAACGUCGAGUGGCUACUCGAAACCGCGUUUCCGAGAGUAGCAGCCCUAGAGUUUACCCCGAACGAGGGGGACCCCUUCUAUUAAGGCCGCGUGGAAGGAGUUGACGUUGACCUCUCAUCUAAUUUGCGCAUAUCCAUGAUGGAUGAUGUUUUCUGGAUCUAUCAGACCAUAUACUUCGUUUUCACCUGCUCUAUCCUUAGACUUAGCCCUUCAAACAACAUAUACUUAGAUACAGGAUAGGCUUCCCCUUCCCCUUUACCUCCUGACCUUUUCAAGGGGAUGGAAAGGCAUAGCCUUAGAUAUCGAGUUAGAUUAACAUAAUAUAGAUUGAUAGGUCAGCGUCUGCGUCAGCUUGCAGCCACUAAUUCUAUUUUUUUCGUUACAUUCGCGAGCAAGUGAUGCAGAUCCGAGAUUGGAUGCAGACGCGUUCCGGACAAGAGAUUGACCUGAAAGACGCGCUUGAAAUUUGGAACAGUUUUGUACUCUAUGAGGAAUUCGAGAUCAAAUAUUUGACGGAUGGCCGCGAUCUUGAGGUCGCCUUCGUGUGGAUUCAGGACGUUGAAUCGGAAUUCUUUGAAGAAGAAGAGGAACGAAACGAAGUGUAGCUAAUGGCUAUUUGGAUGAAGAACAAAAGAACGGGUUUCUACUAAGCUUUGUAAGCAGUAGAAGUUUCCCCUGCCGUGAUGCUGGAUGAAAGCACGACCGCGGAGCCGUUAUACUAGGUGGAAAAGUGUUGAACUUGUUCUUGAAAGCAUUGGUUACUUGCAAUUACAGAAGUUAUAAGGAAAUUAUGGGUUUGAAUUGCAGGUGCAACUCGAGAUUCUUGUAACUUUUCAUUUAGUGAUGAGAAACUGACUCGUCACACCAAGAUAAAAAGUAAUCGAUAGUCUGCCAGUUCAGUCUAGGCCAAGCAUGGGCUGCAAGGGCAACUACAUCUACAUGCUGUGGUG